ACGAAGAUUCCACUGGCGUCACUUGCAAUAUCUUUGGCCGUCUGGUGCACUGACUAAUCGGUGUGAGGUGCUGAAGACUAGAAGGCGAGAGGCUCAGUCCAGCGUCCGACGCCGAUACCCUUGAAGCCUGGACUGCAAGACCGGAGCUCUGAGGACUCGCCCACCAUCGCGCCGUCCUGCGCCCCAGCUGGCCCGCACCGCGUCACAGCGUGCAGGACUGAGCUCCUCGCUGCCCUCUGCCAGGCCCCAGAAGUGCCGUCCUUCGGUCGAACUGAUGGGCAGCAGGCCUCGAAGCCCCGGUGCCUACUCCUCUGACCGAUGGGGAAACCAGGCCGGAGAACCCGGCCCUGCCAAGCGCCGCCGAACGGAGGAGCGCGCGCGCCCCGAGUCCGAGUCCGAGACGGCGCCCAGCGUCGACAACCUGACAGGAUCUACGGCUGCGGGCGCGCUGACACGCCUGCUGGUUCUGCCCGCUGGCUGUGCCCUGCAUCUGCCCCUGGACGACGUAGAUCUGGUGCUGGAGCCCGAGCCCACGUCCGUGCUGCAGGUGGCUCUCGGAGAUUUCAUCCUCACACUGGUCCCCGAGGCCCUCUUGGGCUCGAGGGUGGAAGGCCCGUCGGGACAGGUCCUUGAACGGGCUGCUGUCCUGAGCCCUCCCAGGGAGUACACGGCUCUGGAACCGGAAUUCUGCGGAGCUGUGCCAGAGGUCGCCUGCGAAGAAGAGACCAACGGGGACGACGCCGACUCGGGCUCUGACUUCCUGUCACCAGGGAUGGAUCCGGCAGGCGGCCUCAUCGCUGGGCUCCGCAGCCCAGACGCCAGGGUGUGGCGCUCCGACGCACAGGGCUUCUUCCCAGAGUUCUGGCCUCGGGCGCCUAACCCUAGUCCGGAGAGGUGCUCUCCUCACCACGACGACCACCUAGACGUGCACUUUCUGGAGCCCUUCCCUGACUCACCACUCCAACCUCUACCGCCCUUUCCAAGUCCGAGCCCUCACGAGCGCCCCCCGCGCCCUCACGGUCCUGCGCCCAAGGCUCGGAGAUGUCUGUUUCCAGAAUGA